AGGUGUCUGCACUAUUCCCAGGUAUGGAGUCAGAUGCCUGGCAGGUGGUAGGCAAGAGAAAGAUAAGAAAGAAGUCACAGCGGAUUAAAGAAAACUCACUUUGUAAAGCUGAAGGAUCUUCACAAGAUCUGGAUCUGGUUGUAAAUGGCAAAGAUGUCAUUAAAAAAAUUAGGGACACCAUGGAAAACCUAAGAAUCUCUGACUUUUGGAAAUCCUGUCAAGGUUGUCUUUGCAAAUGUCAAAAUAUAGCUCCAGCAGUUUCAAAAGACAACAGUGACAAUGGAGAGUUAAUGAAAAGUCAGUGCCUUGAGGAAGAUGUGCCUUCUCAUCGUUGUCUCCAAGACUAUGAAUGCGUCUGUUAUGGUCUGGGAAAUUUCGCUUCAUGUGUCAUAGCUCGGCAUCAGCUGGCUUUCUUACUGCUAUUCCUCAAACAGUUUAAGAUCUCAUAUCAGCAGUGCUAUGUUUUUGACCCAGUAUUUUCCCUGUCAGAGAUUUCUGUACUUCAAGAACUGGACUUAAAAGUUAUUAGCAAAAAUGAGGAGGGAAAGCGUGGUGUGCAAAAACCCACAGUGUUCUACAUGCUGCAUUGUGGCAAGGCUCUUUACAAUAACUUGCUGUGGAGGAACUGGUCAUUGGAGGCUUUGUCACAAAUAAUUAUCAUUGGCAACAGUUUCAAAGAGGGAUUGAAGAAAGAUUGCUAUCCAGAGUUUUGCAAAGGGACUAUACUUACAUCUUUAAGAGUUUACAAGCCAUAGAAGAAGCACCGUUUCCAGAGAGCCCCAAGUACAGCGAUAUCUUCAAUGACACAUCCAUACAUAGCUUUCCUCUUUCCAAACUAGAAACUGUCCCUAAAGAUGUAUGGCAUCUUCAGGAGGAGCCUCAGUACGAAACGUGUGAUGACCUGGAGAUCAUCCGAAGUCUUACAAUAUAG